GCCUACAGAGUUGUCGACCUUUUAUUUACAUUGGUGACAAAUAUUUUAUUCUUAAAUUUAGAGCUUAGUCGGUUUAUACAUCCAGUUUUUUUACGAUAAUUUGCCGAAUAAUAUAAAGUUACAAUCAAAGACGAUUUCCUCAAAGGAAAUAGCUGAAUACGAUGAAUAAAAAACAAGAAAUAAGAGAAAAGGUUAAAGAAAUCAAGCAACGUCAGCAAAACUGGAUGAAACAGAGAGCAGAAAGUCAUGGAAACAGUCCAGGCAGAGAAACUUCCAGCAUUGCUAAAUCAGCAGGGACUCAACAAAAAGUAACAACUAAAUCACAAAGUGCUUCAUUCCAUGAGAAACCACCUAAAACUGAUACACAAUCACUUGUCAAAAACUUGAUGUCAUCAAACAAAUCAAAGGCAAAGUUUCAAAAUUGGUUGAAGGCAAAAGAGUCAGGAGGAAAUAUUGAGGUGUAUGACACCCCACCCAGAGAUACCAACCAUAACAACAAUCUAUAUAACAGUGAUAAAUACUCUGACAAUCUUUACAAUGACCAGCCAUACAGGGACCAUAAAGGUUCGGCCAGUGUUAAUGUAUUACGUGUUCCAAGUACAAGGUCACCAGAGUUUGCUACCCCUGAUCCUAGUUGGAAUAGUGAUGAUGAAACAGGGGAGAUUACUGCAGCACAGUUACUAUCACCUGAUGACUUUGAUUCAAGGGCUGACGAUAUAAUAGCAAGAGUGAAAGGUGAUCUGGCACAAACAAACAGUGAUUACAAGAGAAACUCUCAUAUAGAUUACACUUAUGAAACCUCCAUGGAUAAACCAGCUGAACAAGAAUUGUCCAGUCAUGUGUGUCCAACUUGUGAAAAACUAAUGAUGCCACCAAAUGCAAGCCCAAUGUUGUUAAUACCAUGUGGUCAUACAUUAUGUAGCACAUGCAGUAAGAAGACUAAAUUUUGUGCAAUAUGUGGCUGUGCUGUUCAGUCCAGCACGCUCAAUAUUAUGCUGCAACAAAUAAUUACCAACUUUCAUACCAAACAGACACAUAGACAGACAACUAGAAAAUCAACAGUUUCAAGUUCAGUUCAUGGAAAAAAUUACCAGGAAGAGUACCAAAAUUUGUUGACUAGGCAAGAGAUUUUGCGGGAAGAAUCUGAAAAUAUUUCCAGAAAUGUUCAGAAACUUACACGGAAACUGAAUCAAGACAAGCACCAGGUGGCCAGCAUACAGAAGAAAGAGGAGGAAAUAGAAUUGGAGAUUGAAGAGCUUCAAAUGAAGCUAAAGCAAUUAACUGAGCACAAGACAGAAUAUGAGAAGAAUUGCUACACACAUGAAAUAGAAGUUAAACAAGAAAAGAAUAGAUUGGUGUUAGUGCAAGAUUCAUUAACAUCUGUAGAACAACAAAUUGAAAAA